AUGACAGAUCAAACACCGUCAUCUGCGGUCAAAGCAAAAACUGAAGCUCGAGAGUUUCUGGAUAAUUUAUGUGACAAGCUACUGACCGUGCACGUGACUGAUGGCCGACGUUUUGUCGGUCAACUUUGGUGCACUGACAGUGCGGCCAACUUGGUGCUUGGUUCUUGCGUCGAAUAUCCAUCACCUUCGGACUCAUUUUAUGAUGACUCGAGACGGAACCUAAUGGCUGUGAUAUUCACCUACUUUAUCCUCAAGACGCGCACAUCAAAAAACGCUCUGAUCUGUUGCACCAUCAUAGUUUUGGGCUAUGGUUACGGGGUGAAUAUCGAAGGAUCUCUUGGUUCUUUAAGCCUUUUGGGAGCCAUUUUCGGAAUAAGUUCAAGCAUCACCUGCGCACUCAACUCCAUCUUCACCGCACGUUCGCUGCCGCUUGUCGAUGGCAGCGUUUGGCGCCUAACUUUCUACAAUAACGUAAAUGCCGUCAUUCUAUUUAUUCCCUAUAUCCUUUUGGUGGAAUCCGGUAACCUGAUUGGCUCGUUCUGGUUCAGCCCCCGAUUCUGGUCUAUGAUGAUUCUCAGUGGAGUUUUCGGCUUUGCCAUCGGUUACGUGAGCGCUCUUCAAAUUCAGGUCACCAGCCCCUUAACUCACAAUGUGUGUGGAACCGCUAAAGCGGCUGCUCAGACCGUCCUCGCAGUAAUAAUCUAUGCGGAAAUCAAGACGUUCUCCUGGUGGAUGAGCAACAUUGUUGUGCUUCUAGGGUCAGCAGCCUACACGUAUGUUCGACAUCGAGAGCUGAAUUCUAAUUUUGAGGCCAACAAAGAGAAUCACAGUGCGUCCUCGGAACUGCCGUAUACAUCACCCGGUUCAAAAACGACUGUCGUUUGAAUAUUUCUCUCGAGACCUGUCACACCCACCGGCUGACUUAUCUUCUGUGAUACCGAUCGCUUUAUUUAUCAUCUUUUCCACUUUAGUGUGUAUUCAGCCUGUUUGUGUUUAUUUACCAAUCGUUUGCCUUGAUUCCUUUGUUGUUUAUCUCACCUAAGCUCUCUGCGCUUCAUUGUCCCACCGCAAAUCUGACUGUUUCGUAUGUUCUUUUUCAGUGAUCUAGUGCUGUUGCUAGUUUAUUUAAUUUCGCUCAUUUUCUAAUUGCGAGUAGAUCAAAACAUGCAAAAAGUAUGGUACUAAUUGUUCUGGUUAUGAGAGUUUUUUCAAAACGCUUGUUACUUUUUUUCCGUGUGAAUUGAUUCACUACUGUUCUUCACUGUGUGACUAGAGAAAGGGACCCAGUAGUUUGCCAAGACUGUUGUUUACGACUGAGAUAAAAAUUCGAUGGAAUUUUCAUUAACAAAUACAAGCAUUUACACUGUGU